AAGGCUAAAUUACCCUGUAGGCGGGCAUCAGCGAGCCAACAGAUACUAAUCACGCAACCUGCAGACCUGCCUUGGAAGGCAGGUCGAGGAGAUAGGGUUCAUUUGCCAAUACCGCCGUGCAUGUUUCGCUGGCAUGCGGCAUAUCAAUUCGUCAAUUCCCAGUCCGCAACCCAUAAGAAAGCAACAUGGCUGGCCUAAGAGUGCCUCGGUGCGGAGUACAGCGAGGGGGCAAGAGGAUACCCAGCUCAACAAAUUGGUAAGAAAAUGCUAAGCCCGCAAUCCGACGAUCGCUGCCCAAAUAACUGAAGGGCGUAUCUCCUGCAGCAAGUACCUCUGCAAGAACCUGCUCGUUUUGAAAUGAUGCGAUUGACUUGACUUGAAUAAAGCUGGGAAGUGACACGGAAGCAAAUCCAGCUGGUGAGGUGUGUGAAGCAUGUAUCGAGUGGGCGUGGACGUCGGUGGAACCAACACCGACGCAGCCAUCCUCGACAUCAAUGCCGUCGACACCGCAUCGCGUGGGGUGUUAGCCACAUGCAAGACCUCAACCACUACACACGUGACACAGGGUAUCAAGACCGCCGUUGAAACCGUCUUGCUCCAAUCCAAAGUCGACAGGUCCAAAGUGCUCAAUGUUGCUAUCGGAACGACCCAUUUUGUCAACGCUGUGGUAGAGAACGAUGCAAGGAGACUCAGCCGGGUGGCCGUCAUAAGACUAUGUGGGCCGUAUACCAGAAAGAUACCGCCCUUCUCAGACUUCCCCUAUGCACUAAGAAACAUAAUCGAAGGCCCGCAUUUCUUCCUGGACGGCGGCCUCGAAAUCGACGGUCGAGAAAUCGCCUCUCUCAACACUGAGCAGAUCAAACAGACAGCGUUGACCAUCGUCGAAGCUGGAAUCCGCUAUGUUGCUGUUGUAGGCGUCUUCUCCGCUCUAGACCACGAAGGCAUCCACGAGGAACGGUGCAAAGCCUUACUGCAGCAAUUCCAGCCAGAUUUGUCCAUCGUAUGCUCGCACUCGAUAGGCGGGCCAGGACUACUUCCUCGAGAGAAUGCCACCAUCCUAAAUGCUUCGAUUCUCGCAUUCGCACGCAAGACGAUACAUGGCUUCAGACUCGCCAUGACCAAGCUCGACCUCGCGUGCCCGCUGUAUCUGACCCAGAACGACGGCACACUGACUGAUGCUGCCGUAGCUGCGGAGCUGCCGAUCAAGACAUUCGCCAGUGGUCCGACGAACAGCUUGAUGGGCGCCGCAUUUCUGCAGAGUCUUGACCACGGCGACAAGACAUUGGCGGACAGGCAAGUGGUUGUGGUCGACAUUGGAGGCACGACGACCGAUCUGUGCGCACUACUGCCCUCGGGGUUCCCACGACAAGCCCCAAACUUCAUCGAGGUUGGCGGCGUGCGGACGGCGUUUUCAAUGCCCGAGGUCCUCUCGAUCGGUCUUGGUGGCGGCAGUCGUGUACGGCAGCUCGAAGAGAACAAAGUGAGCGUCGGUCCUGACUCUGUGGCUCACCGCCUCACGACCGACGCAAUGGUCUUUGGAGGUACUGUGAUGACUUCGACGGACAUUGUCGUGGCGUCUGGAUCUGCAAGUGUCGGUAGAGACGACCACGUCAAGGACAUUCCCGAGCCCCUCAUUGCUGGCGCGAAAGCAGAUAUCAAGCGACAACUGGAACAAGCGAUCGACAGCAUGAAAGUGUCUUCCGCUCCCGUAACUGUCCUGCUCGUUGGUGGCGGCUCCAUCAUCAUCACUGAAGACCUCAAUGGCGUGGAAGAAUGUCUACGCCCACCUCAUCACGACUCAGCGAAUGCCGUCGGCGCAGCCAUCGCAAAAGUAGCGGGUGAAAUCGACGUUAUCGAAGUCCUGGCUGGCCGCGACGAGAACGAAGUAGUGGAGAAUGCGAAAAAGGCUGCUAUCAACGCGGCUAUAGCUAACGGAGCAGACGAGAAGACCGUUCAAAUUGUAGAGAUCAAGAAAAUUCCACUCCAGUACGUCACGAACAAAGCAACCCGCCUCGUCAUGAAAGCCGUGGGAAAUCUGCGCAUUGAGCAAGAAGCAUCGCUAUGUCUGCACCGAGACAGCGUCACCAACGGUACGGUCGACGACACAGAGGACUAUGAAGCAGGCGAAGAAACCACCAAGGCCGAAGUGACAACAUGCAAACAAGGCAGUCUCGCAAAACCUACGUUGGGCGUAGACCUCACCAGCUAUCGACCCCAAGUCGAGAAUGGUAUAUGGUACAUCUCCCCCAUCGACGUCGAGUUCAUCGCUUCAGGCACCGGCAUUCUCGGCACCGGCGGCGGCGGGUCCUCAUACCUCAUGGCCCUCUAUACCCUGGAAACCCUCCGUGAACACGGUGCUGGCAAGAUCCGGAUCAUACGUCCCGACUCCCUCAACGACACAGACAUCUGCGUCGGCGGAGCAGGCUACGGCGCGCCCUCCGUCAGCGACGAACGCAUCGGCAACGGCACAGACGUCUUCACGGCGAUCGACGCCAUCAACACGAUCAUGAAUAUCAAGGACUUUCAGGGCCUUCUGGUCCUCGAGAUCGGAGGCGGUAAUGGCCUAGUCGCCAUGCCCAGCAGCGCAAGGUAUGAUCGACCAGUCGUGGAUUGUGACUUGAUGGGUAGAGCGUAUCCCACGCUCGAGCACGGAACGCCUUUCGUCUACGGAAAACCCAUCCUGCCUGUCGCUACUGCCGAUUGUAAGGGAAAUGCUUCGGUGGUUGUUACAGCCGAAUCGAACAAACGCACCGAAGCUCUCAUCCGCAAUACAUGCAUUGAACUGGGAAAUUCAACAGGCACAGCUGGACGACCACUGGACGGCGAGACGGUCAAGAAGUAUACUGUACCCAACACGAUCUCGCAGGCAUGGUAUCUAGGCAGAGCGGUGCACCUGGCACGACAGACGAAAGUCGAUUUCAUCGAAGCGAUUUCGAGCAUAACUCCAGUCAAGUCCCUAUACACAGGCAAAAUAAUAGACGUAACAAGAGAUGUCUCCAAAGGAUACACGGUCGGCCGCUGCGUGCUAGCACCCCUCCGCGUCGAUGAGGCUGUAGACCACAACACUUCCACAACAGCCUCGGAAAAGAGAUACCUCGUCAUCCCCUUCCAGAACGAAUAUCUAUCCGCCUCCUACGUCGAUGACGAAACAGCAGAAGGAGAAGAGGACGUUAUCUGUACAGUGCCUGACCUGAUAUCGAUCCUAGGCCAGGACGGAGAAGCUUUGGGAUCACCAGAACUACGCUACGGCCUGAAAGUAAGGGUCAUCGGCAUGCCAGCACAUCCGCUGUGGACGGGGACACCGGAGGGUUUGCGAGUUGGAGGACCAGAAUUCUUUGGGCUGCCUACGGAGUGGAAGAGCAUUGGGGAAUACCGGCGUCCAAGGAGUGUGAUCGAAGAAUUCGACUCAUCGGAAAGCAUAGACACUUAGACAUAGAGGAAUGAUGCAUAGCCUGGUAGAGGGAACAGUU